AUGGUGUUAACAGAUCAACAGAAAAUCGGUGUUAUGCUCUCUGGUAUGGGACUUUUCUUUACCUUCUUUGGUGUUAUGAUGUUUUUCGAUAGAGGUUUACUUGCCAUUGGAAAUUUAUUAUUCUUAUCGGGUAUUGCAUUGGGGUUGGGUCUAACAAGAACAUUCAACUUUUUCUUCCAAAUGAAGAAGGCAAAGGGAACCGUUUGUUUCUUCUUUGGUAUCUUUUUAGUCAUCUUGGGUCGUACAUUUAUUGGUUUAAUUAUCGAGGCAUUUGGAUUCAUUAACUUGUUUGGUGAUGCAUUCCCAAUUGUAAUUGCUAUCCUUAGAAAGCUACCAGUAAUUGGUAACAUUCUUAAUCAUCCAACCGUCAACAGAUGGUUAAACAAAACCGAAGCAGGUAGUGAAUUACCAUUCUAA